UCUCGGAGCAACAGCAGGCUGCCAGUCCGUCGCUGCAGUCCGACAGAGCGGCCAGUCAUCAACAUCCUCUCAGCGUCCGCGGAGCUCCCAACGCUAUGUUGGCUCUGAGCUGACGGUUAACGGCUCAACCGGAGCAGGCUACGACGGUGUGGACAUACGUGGACAUGAGGACACCCGCCACAGCGACUUCUUCUUCCAAAACCGGGACCGGGAAUCCUGACUGGCAUCGAUUUUCACCGAGCAAAUGAGAAAAGAAUCGUCAUGACCGUUUUCCUGCUGACCAGUUACUCCUUCACUGAGGGACCUCGGCCCAUUUUGGUUUCUGGACUUAUCACUGCAGGGAUGAGAUAAUAAAGUCAACCAGCUUGUGCAUGCUGCUACAACAACACCUGUGGCACCUGUAAACCCACCCCACACCCUGCCCUCCCCCUAACCCCUCCCCGAGCUACGUUCAAGUCAACAGUCAAAACAUGACGACGCCGGCUCUGCUGCCGCUGUCGGGCCGCAGGAUACCCACUCUGUCGCCGGGCGCCUCCUCUUUCCCGCACCACAGGGCUACGUUGAGGCUCUCUGAGAAGUUCAUCCUCCUCCUUAUUCUCAGUGCCUUCAUCACUUUAUGCUUCGGGGCCUUCUUCUUCCUCCCGGACAAUUCCAAGCACAAGCGCUUUGACCUGGGCUUGGAGGAUGUGCUCAUCCCUCAUAUUGACUCACCCAAAGAGGGGAAGCACGCCUCUGGACAGGUGGUCAUACAUGGACAGGGAGGACAUGAUGAGCACAGACACAGGGAGGAGGAGGAGAGCCUGCGGGACAAGAUUCGGGCAGAUCAUGAGCGAGCGCUGCAGGAGGCCAAGGAGAAGCUGAGGAAGUCACGUGAGGAGCUGCAGGCUGAGAUUCAGACAGAGAAGAACAGAGUCGUGGAGGACCUGAAAAAGAAGGACCCGGGGCCUAAACCUUUGCCACCCGUCCCCAUGCCCAAAGUGGUGGGCGUCAGUGAUGGUGAGCCGCCGGAGCCUGAUGCCAAAGAGAAACGUGACAAGAUCAGAGAGAUGAUGAAGCAUGCAUGGGACAGCUACAGGCAGUACGGCUGGGGUCACAACGAGCUGAAGCCCCUCGCCAAGAAAGGACAUUCCACAAAUAUCUUUGGCAAUUCCCAACUAGGGGCAACCAUUGUGGAUGCCUUAGACACCCUCUACAUCAUGGGCCUGCACGAGGAGUUUAAGGACGGCCAGGAGUGGAUCGAACAGAAUCUGGAUUUUGGCGUGAAUGCCGAGGUGUCUGUGUUCGAGGUCAACAUUCGUUUCAUAGGAGGACUCCUGGCCGCCUACUACCUCUCUGGACAGGAAGUAUUUAAGAUGAAGGCGGUCCAGCUAGCAGAGAAGCUGCUUCCUGCCUUUAACACCCCCACAGGAAUCCCCUGGGCCAUGGUCAACCUUAAGAGCGGUGUUGGUCGUAACUGGGGUUGGGCGUCAGCAGGCAGCAGCAUCCUGGCUGAGUUUGGGACUCUUCACAUGGAGUUUGUCCACCUUACCUACCUGACAGGAAACCCUGCCUACUACCAGAAGGUGAUGCACAUCCGGAAGCUGCUUGCCAAAAUGGACAGACCCAACGGGCUCUACCCAAACUACCUGAACCCUCGCACGGGUCGCUGGGGCCAACAUCACACCUCAGUUGGAGGACUUGGGGACAGUUUUUACGAGUACCUGCUGAAGGCGUGGCUCAUGUCAGACAAGACCGACACAGAGGCCCGCAAGACUUAUGAUGACGCCAUUGAGGCCAUCGAGCGCCACCUGAUACGCAAAUCCAACGGCGGUCUGACGUUCAUUGGUGAGUGGAAGAACGGCCACCUGGAGAGGAAGAUGGGCCACCUGGCCUGCUUCGCCGGCGGCAUGUUUGCGUUGGGAGCUGACGGCUCGCCCGACGACAAGGCCGGACACUACCUGCAGCUGGGAGCCGAGAUCGCACACACCUGCCACGAGUCCUAUGACAGGACAGUGUUGAAGCUCGGCCCGGAAGCCUUUAAGUUCGACAGCGGCCUGGAGGCGGUGGCCGUACGGCAGAACGAGAAGUACUACAUCCUGCGGCCGGAGGUCAUCGAGACCUACUGGUACAUGUGGCGGUUCACCCACGAUCCCAAAUACCGGCAGUGGGGCUGGGAGGCAGCACAGGCCAUCGAUAAGUACUGCAGGGUGAGUGGAGGUUUCUCCGGGGUGAAGGACGUCUACUCCUCCAACCCGACCUACGACGACGUGCAGCAGAGCUUCUUCCUGGCCGAGACGCUCAAGUAUCUGUACCUGUUGUUCUCCAGCGACGACCUGAUGCCGUUUGAGAGUUGGGUCUUCAACACGGAGGCUCACCCACUUCCUGUCCUCCACCUGGGCAACAUCACCCUGCCAGGCAGCGAGCCGGCUCAGCGGUAGACGGACAGGGCCAUCUCCCUCCGCCGCAGCACCAGGGGGCUCCACCUGUACGCCCGCCUGCCUGCCCAAAAAAACCCACCCGCCAACACUGGACAAACUUUCAUUCAGCUCUACAGACUCUCCGCUGCUUUUGGACUGCAGACAUCAAUGAGAGGAGACGGAGGGAGAGCCUCCCGCGCAGACCGCUGCAGCGUGUUGAGGACUUUGAGUCUCCCUCUCUUCUUCUAUGUUUUACUCUUUGACUCUCUCUGUCGAUCUCUCUGUCUUCUCUGCUUAAAUCAGAGAGACAGUGGGUGUGCUGCUCAGCCUCACGACUGGCUUGAAAUGACUCUGAAGGACCGAGCUCCAAAAAAACGGAGGCUUGAUUUAGUUUUUUUAUUGUUAUUAUUUUUAGUGUUUAUUUGAGAUUUGACCAAACUUUACUCCCAUACAGACUCAAGCUGAGGCACUGAGAGUGCGUGACGGGGUUUCUGUGAAGGAUCACACAGUCAGUUUGACACUCGACUGAUGGAGGUGUCAUUUUUUUUCCCAGGCAGACAGACUUGAGGACUUCACUGGGUCUGUUGGUAAGACAUUUUUUUUAUUUUGUUUUGUUUGGACAAAUCGUUAGUGGGGACACAGGGUUGAAUCAGAGCCCUUCGCUUCACCCUAACCCAACCCCUCCCCACACCACUUCCUGUUUAACCGUCAUCAGAUGAACUUUGACCUGGAACUGUUUGCAGCUCGUCACAUCAUCAGUGCGAGGGCGGGUUGUGGCAACAGUCCCCACCUCCUCUUCCUCCUCCUCCUCCUCCUCCUCCUCCUCCCCCCCCCUCCCUCUCCACCUCUUAUCCUCCUUUUUCAGAAAAGUGGACCAUUGUAAGCGGAACAGUACCUACACGGGGACAGCAGCAGGCCUCCCCAUCCUCACCACCCUCCAACCUCGACAUCUUUCCAGUUUCUCUCCCAGUUAGAGACGAGCCACAGCCCAACACAUUCUGCUGCUACUCAUUUGGAUGCUGCUUUUUUCUCUCCUCCACGUUUUAUCGCUUAGUUUCUCUCCAGCUUCUUUUAUCUCUUCCCUUUUCUUUUCAUAGAUCAUUUUCAGGUCAUACAUUGUGAGAUGAGGCUAGGACCCGACAGUGCUUGUGUGUGAGUGUGUGUAUGAGUGUGUGGUGGUCAAUGAAACCUGCUGUAUAUCAUGUAUUUGUGCACUUUGUAUGGGAACGCUAUGAGGAAGAGGGAAACAGGAGUGUAGCACUGAAUGAGCUGAAUAAAUGAAGUCUCCCUGCUGAGCUCUCAUGACACAAUUGCUCUGUUCGACCAGUAUCACCAGUUUGGACCACCUCAACUGUAAGUUGUAUAAACUUUUUGUGGUGUUGAAAUUCUCCCAUCAUUUUUUUUCACCGCUAUUUCAACAGUCCCUGUUUUUUUUGUUGCUUUUAUCGUACAUUUUUAAUGCCUUCUCCUCUCUGCUACAGUUUAAAGGCGAACUCGUAUUUUCGUCCUGGACCCUAUUUUUCCUAGUUUUACGUGUCUAAUAUUUUUCCACCAAAUUAAAAAUGGAAGUACUCAGUAGUAGCAAGAUGGCAGAUUCUUGUUCUGGUAAUACAGAUAUUAGUUUAUAAUGAAAAGAGUAGCACCCAGUGCCCGACUUCCCGUUUUCCAGGUGGUUAAAGAUGCAGCAUGUGUUUGGCCCCUAAUUUCCAGGGCUGGUACCUGCAGUUAUUCCACAGGCUAGUUAAUAACAUGUCGGGCAGGAAAUCCAAAGUGUGGGAUCAUUUUGAGAAGGUGAAGGACGAACCCAAGGUGAUAUGUAAACUCAUCUUCAUUGGUCGACUACAAACAUGACGUAUCAUCUGAAACAUGGAAGUAGCUACAUGCCCAUUAGCCCACAGCGUCAUUAACAGGCGGCUCGCUCAGUGUGUGACGUGCACUUGGAGAUAAAAUAUAGGCCUAUAUUAAUGAAGGUUCAUUAGUACGGUUUUGUAUUUCUCUGUAAUGUAGCACAGUGUUAACAAUGUUACUGAUACUAUUCUUUCUCACACCUUCAACUCAAACCACCAAAAUAUAUCAUGUAAUAAUUAAAUUAAUAUCAUAAACAUGCAGGCAACUAGUCGACUAAUGGUCCUAAAAAAGGAAAAUUCUUAGUCGAGGGCAGCCCUACAAGUAAUAAUUACAAGGAGAAGACUAUUUUAUUUUUUGCUUCCAGCUGGUAACCAACUUUUUAGCUUCCCAACACCUUUUUUUUUUGGUCGAAAUUCUCCAAACAGCUUAAAAUUUGGUGCAGGAACCAGAAGGGAACCCGUGCUGCAGCCAGUAACCGUGCACCACGGAAAGGUUCAGAUUGUUAUCAGUCUCUGACAAUAUUAUGGACCCUACAGAGAAAUUAUCAAAUUGUCUGUACCUUUUGCUUGUUCCUGUAUGCUUUGUGUCCAAGUCUUGUUCUGAGAUCUCACGAGAGGUGACUUGUUGCAUGAAGAAGACGUUGGAAACAUUAGUGAGAGUUAAACCUUUUUCUAAUUAGAAUCUGGACAUCGUUUCUCUUGCACACAUGUAACACACAACAAGAGAUUGUCUGUGUCAGAAGCGUUCACACCUACAAGAAAUAGUCUUUAUGGUUUCAGUGAGGGGUGGCGCAUGGGUAACAGCACGACAUGCUGUGGAUCUCACCUUGGUCACGUAGCCACUUCAUAAUUUGGUCAUAAACAUCAGAGUCUCCUGACGUUACUUGAAUUUGUUUGAUGAUUUCAGCCUCACUGAGAGAAGUCCCUGAGUCUCGUCAUCACUCCAGUUAAAUAUUUUCAUCGCUGUCUUUGUGUAAACGACCCUUCGGAUUCACUCUCAGAUGUUUGUUUACUUCCGGUUUUGCACAAUCCCCAUGAUAGUCAUCAUGUCAUCAUCAUGCCCAUUCGCUGACUGUGAAUUCUCUGGGCAGUGACCUGCUCUAUUCACACGUGGGAUCAAUCAGACUUUACACAGACUGUGUACUUUGUAGAGAACAGGCAGGAUAAAGUCUAUUUAAUGUCUGAAUCAGCUGAUUCUGAAAACAAGACUUAAGCAAAACUUGGGCACACAACAAACCAUAACAAGCAAAACGUACAAAAAAAUGUUUCAUGUCUUCGUCGGGACCUUUCUGUAAUGUUGUAAGACACUCGUAAAAACAAUCUGAGCCUAUCAGUAGCAAAAACACUUUUAAUGGACGUAAAUUGACGGAUGCACCUACUCCGAGUGGUUACAUUGCAGCCGGCUCAAUACUGGACCAGUUAUAAAAAUUAUUGUCUCCAUUAGUCACUUAGACACUAAAGAGACGAAAAAAUAUAGUCCACACACUAGACUAUGCUCCCAUUAGUAAAUAAUUGAAUUCUAAUUACAUUUUUUCUCCUCUCGUAUGAGCUCUUGUCCAGCAUCUAGUUUGUUUAUUGUCUGGAUGUGCGUGCUUUUCUAAAUCUUUCACUUAAACAUUAAAACAUGUGAAAAUAGGGUCCAAGUUGAAUAAAAACAGUUCUCCUUUAAGUUCUUCGUCUCCCUGUCCACAAUAAAAAGUCUAAAACUGU